CCCCACUAAAAAAUUGAGCUUAUGUGACAAGAGAUUGGAUUAAAAGAGUCAGAUCCUUUUGAUUCAAUACUUCAACACAUUGUUGACGUUUGGCUUCCUCAACAGGCAUGGAUUUUAAUCGUGAAAAAUACGAUAAAGAAGUGGAAUACGAAAAAUUUUCUCUCUAAAUGCAGAUUACAAGUAUUUGAAAGUGGAGAAUAUUAUAACAUGUCGAAAAAUAACGAGAAAAAAAAAAUUUGUUGUGGUGGUUGUUGUUCUGAAGGGAGAAUGAGCGGAUUAAAAAAUUUUCUUUUUUUAAAAUGUCAGCCCCACUUCCCCACCAGUAUUUGGGAAUGUAGAAACGUAGAAAAAUCCCGAAAGAAGAAAAAAAACAACAACAAUGGAACGGAGUAAUUCCGAUUUAUGUGUUACAGCUAUUCCGAAAGUCCGUACGAGGAAUGUAACAUACAGGCGACUUAUCUCUGAAUAAAUCCAUUCUAAAUACUAACUCAAACGAGCUUUUUUCAAACGUUUAGACACUAUAAUUUCUAUUUUUUUCCAAUAUACAUGUCAUUAGCUAGCUUAUUUAUUUAUUUCGUUAAUUUAACUAAUUAGUUGACGUAGAACAUCAUUAUAUCCUAUGAUUUAUUUUACGAAUCGGACAGUUUUCGUUUUACACCGAUUAAUGCCUGUACCGGUGUAAGCAUUCCCACUUUCUAGCCUUUUAAUCAUCCUGUUUAUGGAAUUAUUUAUAUUUUGCUGGAUUUUACCCGUGGAAAGUCCUAGGUUAUGGCACUGAGGAAAAUUAAGAGGACUUCACACAACUCUGACGACGUAAAGCGACUCCAGCAGCAAAACCUCAGGACUUGUAAAGAUGUGUUAAAUCGAUCAACUUUAGAAUUGUUCAAAAUAGUAGGUAAAAGCCAGUCUUCAGUUGAGGCACUUAUACGAAAUGUUAGUUUACUUUGUGCUCCGAAACCUUGCACUGCAGCACAACUAUUAGAAAAGAGAAAGCUAAAGACGAGCACACGUCCAUUUUUCGCCACAUCACUGCCGGAUUUAGACAAAGUGCUCCACGGAGGAAUUCUUAUUGGAAGUAUCACAGAACUGGCGGGACCAGCCGGGUGUGGGAAGACUCAGUUUUGUAUGAUGUUAUCGUUGUUGUCCACAUUGCCGACAGAGAUGCGUGGUAUGGCUGGUAGUGUGAUCUACAUAGAUACAGAAUCAACUUUCAGUGCCAGCAGAUUGGUGGAAAUGGCCCGAAACAAAUAUCCGGAUUACUUCAACGAUGAAGACCGUUUGAAGAAUCUUACAGAGAACGUCUUGGUCGAUUUCCAUUCGACUUGUGACAGUUUAGUAAACAGAUUUCAGGAACUUGAAAUGGACAUAAUAUCUAAGAAGGUGAAAUUGCUUAUAGUUGAUUCGAUUGCUUCUUUAGUUAGGAAAGAAUUCGGAGGACAUUUGGAAUAUAAUAUGGCAGAGCGAGCAAAUUUCCUUACUAAAACUGCCGCCUUACUUAAGAAUAUUUCAGAAUCUUUUCAGAUACCGGUGGUUGUCACCAAUCAAAUUACAACUAGGUUGGCAACCACUUCUAGAGAUUUUCAAACUUGUAACGCGGGGAAUGCGUAUGCGACAGUAGCAUUAGGAAAUACUUGGAGUCACAGCGUGAACACACGUCUAAUAAUUGAAUACGUAGAUUCUGUUCUUCGGCAGGUAAUGGUAGCUAAAUCUCCCAUUGCACCUUUCACAUCGUUUUAUUACACCAUUCAAUCUGCCGGAAUAGUGCAAGAGAAAGACUCUGCGUACCAUUAUUAUGGCACUGACCCAACUGUCCAGCGAAUUCGUGUAAGAACUGAUGUGUUUUGAAUCAGAGUCAACUCCUUUAGCACUUGCGAUAUGUUGAAAACAAGUUUUCACUCAACCCCGAUUCUCCGGGUAUCCGUUAUCGCCAAGACACUUGUGUUCUGUACAAAUUGAUCCUACAUCAAUAAGAAAUGUUACGGGUAUUUACGUGUCCGAUGAUGUUAUCUAGGUUUUGUUAUUUAUUUUUAAACUUAAAGUGAUACCACCAUAUAACCUUGUUUCUGAGAGGCAGAGGUCUCUAAAAAUACCUUAAACCUUCCUUCUAUUCCUUAACUCAUUAAAAUAAUUAUUCACCAUUUCAGUAGCUAAAUUUAAUCACGAUUUUCAUUAGCUAAAUUUAUCUACGAAAAUAGUCAAGUUAGUACUGUUAUAUGUAAUAUAGUGAAGAAAGAAACUAAUUAAAAAUAACUAUGAGUAGAAAACAUUAGCUCAGUUCUUAAAUUAAUGCACUGUCUUAUUCAAACCAGGAUAAUAAAAAAAUUUUGAACAUCAAACAUAUAUCAAUGUUAAAUAAUGUUUUAAAUUUUAUUGAUUUUUCAUUAAUCCCAACUAAUGUAUAAAUCAUCUUUUUACAACUUUUCACCUUGCUGAUUUUUUUUGCUAUUAAAUUCUAAUUUAUUGUAGGGUGGAGGUAAAGAUUAUGCCCCCCCUUGCGAUGUUUUUUGGGGGUGGGGGUAUUUUUUACAUGAACACACUAUAUCGAGGGUGGAGAUUCCGAAUCUGCAAAAAAAAAAAAAUAUGUAUUUCAAAAUUUAAAUCUCCCCACACCUAAAUUUCUUAAAUUUUCACUUUUUAUAAAAAUAAAUUGGGGCAAAAUACCUAGAAAAAUAUGGAGAUUAUGAUUCUGAAAAAAAAAAAAAAAGAAUUGUAAAAUUUCAAUUUUUCAAAAAAAUAAAAAUAAUAAACACCCCCUCCCCUUCGUCCUAUGACAAGAAGUGAAAUUAAAGUGUUUUCUCUACUAAUGUUUCAUGCAUGCAUAGAAUUAUAAAAUUGCAGGCGCAAAAAGUAUCUAAACAGAAAACCUGACAUGCUAGAAAAGCGUUUUCAAAAUUUAAAUACGAGUUACCAAAGAAAGAAAAAUUUCAAAAUUUAAACCCGCCCUAACCGGAAAUCUGACAAGCUAGAAACAACAGCCAAACUGAGGAUCAACUUUCUAAAUACGAAUUACUAAAAAAGAAAAAAAAAAUUUUGUCAUUUUGUUGUGUGUGGUGGGUGCAAAAAAUCUAAUUUUUACAUACCUCACUUAAUUCCAAGAGACCCUCAACCACAUGUUCGUCAUGAAACAUUAGUAGAGAAAACAUUUUAAUUUCACUUCUUGUCAUAGGGCGGAGGGGACGGGGGUUGUUUGUUUUUAUCUUUUUUUUUUUGUUUUUGAAAAAUUGAAAUUUUACAGAAUUUUUUUUUUUUUUUCUGAAUCAUAAUCUCUGUAUUUUUCUACGUAUUUCGCCAAAAAAUUUUAAAAAGGAAAAGUCAAAAUUUAAGAAAUGCAUUUUUCUUGCAGAUUCGGAAUCUCUGCCCCUCAAUAUAGUGUGUUCCUGUAAAAAAAUAACAAAAUUCAGUUUCUGCUGCUAAAAUACAAAAAUAACCAAACUCUACCUCUUACAUAGCGAGAAUUUCUCAAUUUUAUAUUAACAUAGGAAAAUCGCUGCCCGGGCAGCUAUAACAGUAAUUCUAUUUCCAUAUAUUUUUAAAGUCAUUUACCAUCACUAGUGCUGUAUUUCUGUAUUUCCGUCUACCAAAUCCAUAGUAGCAGACACUUGCCCAAGAUGCCACGCAGUGGGACUGAAUCCGGAACCAUGUGGCUGUAUGUUGAGGUGUAAAACAAUUGCAUUCCAGAAGAGUUAUUGUAACCAUGAAAAAUACAUAAAUAUACACACACGCUAUUACUCUAUUAUUUUGUAAUAGUGAUGGUGGGUGGGGCAAACUGUGUAGUUUCUAAUUCCUCACUGUUUUCUCCCUACCUGUUUUUAGGAGUAAAAAUUGGUCUGCUUGGUUGUUGAAGUUGAAAGUUUGGGACAGGUGAUAAGUACUUAUUUUUUUUUCAAGAAAUUUUUCCUCAAUUUUGAUCCAAUUGUAAUUGAAGUUGCUAAUAAAAUAUCAGGACAAUU